AUGUCGCGCUUCAACAUCCCCAUCUCCGCCCUGACGUCCAGGAUGGACCUCUCAGGACGCUUCGACGGCCUGCGCUCCACCUCCGUCUCAUCGCGCUUCGCCAACUUGCGCCCCAUCAGCGAGUUCCUCGAUGUCAAGCGCAUCUCUAAGCCCGCCAACUUUGGUGAGGCGCAGAGCCGCGUCAACUACAACCUGGGCUACUUUUCCAGCAACUACGCUGCUGUCUUCGCCAUGCUCAGCAUCUACAGCUUGCUGACCCAUUUGCUGCUGCUCUUCGUCAUCAUCUUCGUUAUUGGAGGCAUGUACGGCAUUGGCAAGCUCGAAGGCAAUGAUCUCCAGGUCGGCUCCUGGCGCGCAACCACCUCGCAACUCUACACCACGCUUGCCAUCAUCGCCAUCCCUCUUGGCCUGUGGUCUUCUCCUUUCUCUGCUGUUCUCUGGCUCAUUGGUGCCUCCGGUGUCACCAUCAUCGGUCACGCUGCAUUCCUUGACAAGCCCAUCGAGUCAGCUUUUUCCGAGGAGGCGGUCUAG